AAAAAGAAGCGAUUUUGAGCUUGUUUAUAUCAGUAAAUUGAAGUAUUUUUCAUAAACAGGUGCGGGUGUGUAUCCCCUGAGAUUUCCGCAUAUCUCGUCUGAACUUGUCAGACUGCCUCAGUCUCGCGCUAUUUAUGAAGGGCUAUCCCUGUGGGUGUCACAUAGAUCUGAUGCUGCUGCAGCUGCUGCUUCCUGUAUUGAAGCACCACCAGCCAGAGCCAAGGCUCUUGUCUUUUCAAAACCUCACACCCUGAACUGAAAUACGGAGGUAUUUCUUGCUCGGACGCUGCCUUCUUUUGGGGGGAAACUCAGCCCGGCCUGUCUGCAGGUGUAUCUGCGGUGAAACGGCCUGCUGUCUCUCCUCAAAGCUGAGGAGCUGCACAUUAGCACCGAGAGCCGCUGGGCACGAUUUUUCAGGAGCUAGUAGCAGCUAAUAGCAGCUAGCUUUUAGUAGCAGCAGGUAGAACAACAAGAGGAAGCAGAAAACCAGAAAUGAGUGUACUAUAAAAGCUAUAAAUGCACCGGGUAUUAGCCUGACUCAAAGGGAUCACCUCGUUAUGGUUUGCCGAAAUAGCUGACUGACAUGCUACCGACAGUAUACUAACUUUGCUAACGAUAGCUAGCCAAGUUACUAGCCUGUCUAUUUAGAGCUACUCCUGUUGCAUUUUGACUCAUAUCCGAGUAUAGAAAAGAUACCGUUUUGUGGUUUCUUAGCUGACUGCAGGUUGGUAUAUUAUUUCAGUGAGUCGUUUAGGUUAGUUUGUGAAAUGCCUGCUAAAAGAAGACCCGUUCCCCUGAACAUAAAGCCCAUUGGAGAGGGACAGGCCACCUGCAACACCAUAGAUGCUGCAUCUGAGUGAGUAAACCCACUAUCAGUGAUUGUCAAUGUAUCUGUGUACCUCUGUUUUUAUCUCAAUAGUCACUGUUAUCUGGAACUUAAUGAUAAUUGCUGUCCUAUUGGAGUUUUGCCCAACUAGCCAUAACAUUAUGAACACCUGGGCAAUCUAAUGCAACCCACAACAACAGCUUUGUUAAGCUACUUUUAUAAAGCUUUUGUACUUUUCUGGGUUUUUGAGAUGAUCUAACAGGAUUUUAUUUUACUUACUUGUUGAAGUGGGUGUCGGUGUGUAAAUAUAAGGAACUUUUUUUGAAUAUAAUGCACUCCAGUACACAACCACCAGCUGUUUUAACUCUUACCAGUAAGUAUAAAGAUCUAUAAGUGCCUGUCUGGAAAUAAAACUGAAAGUAUAAUUUUGGUAGAACAGUUGCCUUAGAUUGCAUUGGAUUUUCCAGGUGUUUAUAAUGUUAUGGUUGGUUCACAUGUAAAGGUACAUCAUCAUCAUUUAAACAGAUUUGUUAAGUUUAUUGUUCCUUUAACUGUUCGUAAAAUCUUGUUCACUCAAGUGUCUUUUCCUUACAGAGCCAACCUUGAGGCCUUACAAAAGAAACUGGGUGAGUUGGACCUGGAUGAACAACAGCGGAAACGACUGGAAGCCUUUCUCACCCAGAAAGCUCAAGUCGGAGAGCUGAAGGAUGAAGAUUUUGACCCCAUAUGUGAGCUGGGUGCGGGAAACGGAGGAGUGGUCAAUAAGGUUCGCCACAAACCAUCGAGUUUGGUGAUGGCUCGAAAGGUAAGGAGUGACAUUUGGAGUGAGUUUUGAUAUUUGAAAGAAGUUGAUACUCAAGUAUAAAUAAGAGUUUCUUUUCGCAACAUUAUAUUGAAGAUGGCUUGAAUGGUUUUCACAGCAUUUUGUUGUAAAUAGUAAAAGAUUUGUUUGUGACCUUUGCAAACUCACCUGCAAUCACUAACAUCAAACAAAUGUAUGGUUAAACUUGACACUGUAAAAGCAUUUUCAACCUGGCAGAUUCAGUAGAUAACUUAGUCUCAUAUCUUUAACCAAGUGUAAGUUUAAGUUCAGUUAUCUCAUCUUACUGUUUUUUUUUAAUAAAAAAAAGAUAUUUGCUUAUGUUUGUCAACACUAUUUUCUAAAAUAAACAUUCCUUGUGAGUGUUAUAUUCUAGCAGCAAAUAUCUAAGUCUACUUGUCCCAUUAGUUUUAUUAAGAAUAAGGUGAUUCACAAAUAUGCAGGGUCCAAGACUGUACAAAAGUAGGCUGGGAGUGGGUAGAUAGGACGCAGCUCGGUAUACGCAUUCCACCGUCAAACACUUGGUUUUUGGGUUUUUCUUCAAGGUUGUACAGGCCGUCAUAUAAACCUGCUUUGUGUCAGUGAUUGGAAAGACUUACACUUGAUGAAAUCGAAAACAAUAUAUAUGAAAAUGUUUGACCAAGACUUAGAAAUGUGAAAUCAAGAAAAGAUAACAGUUUAUAGUUUCAUACUUUUCUCUCCUCAGUUGAUUCAUCUGGAAAUCAAGCCUGCCAUCAGAAACCAGAUUAUCAGAGAGCUGCAGGUGCUGCAUGAAUGCAAUUCCCCUUACAUUGUGGGUUUCUAUGGGGCCUUUUACAGCGACGGAGAGAUCAGCAUCUGUAUGGAGCACAUGGUGAGACACAAAGGCUGUUAGCAGACCCUCCUAGCAAUGAUUGAUGUUGUUGAAUACCUGCAUGUACCCUUUGUGAAUGACAGGAAGGUCAAUAGUUGUUCCUGAAGUGCUUCUCACAGGUUUUACUAUUAAACUCGUCUCAACAGGAUGGCGGCUCCUUAGACCAGGUCCUUAAGGAAGCCAGAAGAAUUCCAGAAGAAAUUUUGGGAAAAGUUAGCAUAGCUGUAAGUAGUUUUUUAUUUUCCUUUUUUUUAUAUUUGCAGUUAUUUUUAAGUGAUUUUACAGAUUGAUCUAAAAAAGAUCAUCAGAUACAUGUUACAGCUUUCUACUGUGUAAAAAGAAAGCAUUAAGAAUGACUUAACGUAUUCACAAUGUCCACUUCAUCAACAAACAUGAGGGAAGCCGAAUAUCAGCUGUAAUCUGUCAUUAUAAUGCACUCCGGUCUACCAGCAACACCCACUACAACUUCAAUUUAAAUGAUAGUUAUCACCUGUCUGACCAUGCCAGCAAAAAUCCAGAAGAAGGAGUUUCUUAAAGGUAGAAGUUAUGGUAGAGCUGUUGUAUUGGGUUGACUUAGAUUGCCCUUGUGUUCAUAAUGUCAUGGUCGUUGUACACGUGUUCGUAGCGUGUGGGUGUCUGAACUCACUUUUUUUGUUCAGUCAUGUGUGAGUCACAACAGAGCCUACUCUAUUUCACUCAACAUACACAGUUACAAAGUCCAAACAAGCCAUGGUGGCGCUGUGAAAGUCAUUAUUUCAGUUUUGUUAUGUACAUAAUAAAAUAAUAUUUUUUUGAAAGAGUAUGGUCUUAUUUUUAGGCUAAGAAGACAGACUUCUGACCUUGAUUUGGCUUUAUUUUUGUGUAAAUUCUGUAAAAUAUCUCCUCUUUCCAACAGGUACUGAGAGGAUUAGCCUACCUGAGAGAGAAACACCAGAUCAUGCACAGAGGUAAGAAUGGUCUCAAGUCACAAAAAGUUUCAUUGCCCUCAAAAUCCGUUUUGCAACAUAUUAAAAGAGCCAUUUUUAAGAGUUUCAGAAUAUUGAAUGAUGAAAUAUAAAGUUCCCCUUUCAACUUGAGCCUUUUGGCUUCACAUAUCUCAUGACCUAGAUCACUAAAAAACUCAAUUGCUACGAAUAUAUUUCAUGGCGUAGUGGUUGAUAAUAACUCAGUGUUUUCUUUUAAAUCUAUUUUCUAAAUCUUUCAUUUUGUUCAAUUAAUUUUUCAGCGAUGUAUUUACAGUCGGGACUGUUAAUCAGUCCUAUUGUGUUUAGACUAAAGCAUAAGAGUGUUUAAGUGCUAAUGCUAACACUUGACAGAGCAUGUGAUGCUUUGGACACAAUAAAGAUCGUUCUGAAUGUUUUGGUUGCUGCUCAAGAUCAGUGGUAAAUCAAUCCAGCGCAGUAAAAUACUGUGCUUUACAAUGAUGCACAAUGUUUUAUGAAAAUUUUUUGCGCUUUAUGCAGUGAGUCACAUCCCUUCUGUAAUAGCAGUUGUAUUUUUGCCAGGAAAAUUAGACCGUGCAAAUCUGGGAGUCUUAAUAUCACAUAUAUAAAAUGCAGGAUUGUCUUCUUAUUCGCUGCUGACACUAUGGUUUGUACUCUGAAUCAGACUUUGACAUGCUAGCAAGAAACUUUAGGGACAAUUGAUUUUUCUGUCAAUGUUUUCACAAGAAAUGUAUUGUCUUUGGUGCUUUUUUUUUUUUUACUCUAUAUACACUGCAUCAACAUCUUAAGAGCUUUAGCAAGCUCUCCACAAGGCAAGCUAUUAUUUGGAAAUAUCACGAGCUCCUGAUGAAAGAAAUUUGUUGCAUGAAGCAAAAAAAAAAAAAAAGCUUGGUUAAAACCAUUAUCUUGCAUUCAAGCAAAAUCACAAGUCACACCAUGGCAGAGUCUGAUACAGACACGUUUUCUCCAGCAUACUAACAAGGGCUUUUGGGUGAGUUGGUACACAGUAAUACUGAAGACAGCAGUCAGACCCGCACAGUGCAGUGAAUUCCACAGUGGUACAGGGUCGGUGGUACUUCAGGACAGUCGUCUGAGAGCCCUGGCAGUAAUUACAGCCUCUCAAGAUGUGAUUAUACAGCAGCCGCGCCUUGUUGACCCCUCCCUCUGUGUCUUCCUCCAUCUUUCUCCUGCUCCUCUAUGCUACCUCUUUCCCAGUCACUCCUCACAUGUCCUUGGUCAGUGGGAGGGGGUCACACACCACAAAGAACAGAUUGCAGGUCUCAUUUUUACCCCAUGAUUUUGCAGGAUGUGUUUCAGGGAUGAGUGGGAAAUGUGGAGGACCUGGUUUGUAUAUAACAGGGGUCUGCUUGAGUUGUAGUUAUUUUCUCCAAUGCUUGAUUGAUGCAGCACCGCAGACAUGGCUGGGAGGGUUUUACUCGUGCAUGCCGUUGUGGGUCUCAAAGCUGUCUUUCAGUUGAACUUUUUCAAAGUCAAGUUAUCUUGCAGAAAAGUAUCUUCCAAAGAUGCACCUGAACAAACUCAGAUACAGGCCAAAGACAUGAAAAAAAAAGAGUUUUUUAGACAGUUUUUGAAUAUAAUGCUGACAUAUUUACAGCUCUCUUUUUUUAACACUGAGGUAAAAGGUUAAAGUAAUCAUUUUUUAUUUUAGUAUUAUUGUUCCUGAAAUUUUAGAGCUUUCAUUUCUUAUAUAUUCUUAUUUACUUACAUUAUCCUUUCAUUUUAUUGAAUUAAUAUAUAUGUUUUAUAAGUAUCAGAAGAUUUAGGUCAUUAAACCAACAAGCUUUUAUAAAUCCAGAGUCUACAUUUGCUUUCAAAACUUGCUCAUAGAGGUGUCUCACAUAAGAAAAACACUAGCCGCUAACACACAACACUGGAUCAGAGAUCCGCCGAAUAGUCCAGAAAUGGCGUAAUAUUUGUAUCCCAGUGUUUGAUUACACAUCACAUUAUGUUGUCGUAGAAGUGUGAGUGGCAUGGUUUGUAAACACACUGACAGAACCCCAUAUACACACUCAGACACGCACAUAUGUCCCGCUCGGUUCAGCGCUACAGUGUCCAUCACCAUCUUUCCGCCAUCCCAGUUCUGUUAUGUACAUUCAUGCUCUUAAAUGUAGCCUGACGAACGCUGGACAAGCCUUCAUAUAACUGAAUGAUUCAACACACCAUUCUAGUGGUGUUCUUCCUUGCUAUUUGUUUGGGCAUGAUUCCCUGCGUGAAGUUCCCUUUUACUGUGUGGUGACUACAAAGUUGAAUUGUAAACAAUCUAGUACUGAUGUGAAAAAAUUCAGCAUGAAGACAAAUACUAAAACAUGGAGUAAUUUUGUUUGUUUUGAACCUCCUGCCACAUAGAUGUCAAACCCUCCAACAUCCUGGUCAACUCUCGUGGGGAGAUCAAGCUGUGCGACUUCGGUGUGAGCGGCCAGCUCAUAGAUUCCAUGGCCAACUCCUUUGUUGGAACGCGCUCCUACAUGUCGGUGAGUCAGCUCUGCACGCCUGCGCCCCCACCCCUUUUCCUCUGGCCCUAUCCCCACUUUCCUUCUCCUCUUUUCUCACAUUGCUCUUGUUCACUGGUCCCGCCCUCCGCCUUCUCUUCUUCUGGCCCACCCUCUCUCCCCUGCCAAGAAGCGAGGGCUGUGCCCAGGAAAGGGCUCUUUGGCACAGAGUGAGGCAACUGUGCUCUUUCUCGUCCUUCUUUCCCCUCGCUCUUAGACACCUGGUGGGUGAAAUGCUGAAAACUGCUCAUCUGUCCCCCUCUGCUCACCCUAAAAGCACCCCUGGUGUAGAGACUCUUGUCUUUUCAUCUAAACUCAGACUCAUACCUGUACUUGCUUGUCCUUAUAUGUAAAACAGUUAAAAGCUACUAUUCACGUCUUGCCAAACCCUCCCAUCCUCUGUCCUCUUGCUCUCGCCACACCCCUCCUCUUCUUGCCAUAACACCCCCCACACCCCCAUUCUCCCCUCCACCACUUCCUGUACCUUCUCCACCCAGUCCUGAGCCCAGCCCUCUCUCCUGCCUGCCAUCUUGGCUCUACCAGCUCCCUCUGACGUAGAUUGUGUGUUUCUCAACAGCCGGAGAGACUGCAGGGCACUCACUACUCAGUUCAGUCUGACGUAUGGAGCAUGGGUCUGUCCCUGGUGGAGCUGGCAAUUGGCCGCUACCCCAUCCCCCCACCUGAUACCAAAGAGUUGGAGGGCAUCUUUGGACGGGCCGUCAUGGACGGGUCCGAGGGAGAGGCUCACACCAACAUGCCUCGGUCCAGACCACCAGGCAGGCCCGUGAGCGGUAGGAGAAGCUCUGACGUUGUCAAAAAAGAAUGAUGUCGAUUUUUACAAGCAUAACAUGACAACACAUAGUUACCUCAGUGUAGGUGAUAGCGGCCACUGGAGACGCAAUGUUUUUAGACUUGUCCUUAGUUGUCCAUACAUUUGUGCACAAACACAUGCGAAGUCUGCAGGAUUUAACCCCAAUGAUAACAGAUGGAUAGCAAAAUAUGGAGAAUGGAUCUAAAAUGACAACAAGCUACCUCCAGUGUCGACAUAAUCAGCUGAUCUUCAUCUGUCUUGAAUGUAAGGUAUCAGAAGAAUUUUGCGCUUGAACGUCAAUUCGGGCUCAAGAAUGAACCAUUUAACAUGUACGAAAAUAGGAAGAAUGCAUGAGGCCGCUGAUGCAAAGUCAUCUGUGAUAGCUGAUCUUUGACUUUUAUGAGCACCAGCUUAACGCCACAAGAAAUAAGGUUAGUGUUUGGGUUCUCUAACUGAGACACUAACGAGCUUUCAGGAGAGCAAGCCAGUCAAAACCGGUUUCAUUGAAACAAGUUUCGUGACAAAUGUAAAUUUGUGCCAAGAGUUAUUAUAUUCUAUACAACAGCUUCACCUCUAUGAAAACCAUGAUGUAGAUGAAGAAACCGUAAAGAAUAGCAAAGGAGACAUUUGUAAACAUCAACAGACCUUCUAUGACACAUGUGCGGGAAAGAGGAGUUUGCAGACUUUAACCACAAUGAUAACAGAUAAAUAGUAGUAUAUGAAGAACAAUUCCAAAAUAACAACAUGCUUUUACAAGUGCCAACGUGAUGAGCUGGACCUCAUUCCUCUGAAAUAUAAUAAUGUGUUUGUGAAGACGCCACGUUUUCUAUCUGGAAAUAUGUGAUUUUAUUGAUUGAUUUUAUUAGUUUGCCUGAAAUCUUACAUGUCAGUAGAAUCACAACUUCAGAAAUGCACCUUGUAUCUUUUUUAUGUUUUUUUUCUUCACUAACUACUUAUAUAAUUAUUGAUAUAUCAAAUAAUAAAACUGUAUCUGUUUUUUUCCCCUUGAAAUGUAGUUAUCUUAAUCAUGGCAAUGUUAUGUUUCUUCUCUACAGGACAUGGGAUGGACAGUAGACCUGCCAUGGCCAUCUUUGAGCUGUUGGACUACAUUGUGAAUGAGGUCUGAGGGACAUAUUCCCUUUCCCACAUUUCUGUCUUUUUUUUCAUGCAAGCACACUGUGUAUGUUUAUAUUAGUUCUGUUUUAAGCUUUUUUCCCCCCUCCUCCACAGCCUCCCCCUAAACUACCGCACGGAGUCUUCACCAAUGACUUCCAGGACUUUGUGACAAAAUGGUGAGCACUGGUGAAGACUUAAAUAUGGAAUAACUAGGAGCAUAAACUACUACACUUACUGCUUUGUGUAUUUUAUGUCAUGUGACAUGAAGACAGCGGUUUUUAUGUAAAUGGAAGAAGUAGUUGUAGGACCAAGAUAUUCACAGGAACUAGUCAAGUGAGGUCUUAGCUUGUUUGAAAAGGAAUAAUUAGGCUUAAGCUCUUUAAGAUUGAAGGGGUAUUUUGGUUCAUAACGUUUUGAUGUCAUUUAUGUCCACAGUUUGAUCAAAAAUCCAGCUGAGAGAGCAGAUCUGAAGAUGUUGAUGGUUGGUAGCAGAACUUCACUUCAAUGAUCUCAUAGUUUUAUAACUGCUUUAUUGGUUAUUUUUGUGCAUUAAGCGUGCAGUAGCAAAAUUUUUUCCCUCUUGGGUUUUUUCCUUUCAGAGUCACACGUUCAUCAAAAGAUCUGAAGUGGAGGAAGUGGACUUUGCCGGGUGGUUGUGCAAAACCAUGGGCCUCAACCAACCAAGCACUCCCACCCGCGGCACUGAGUGAUCAGGCUCCCACUGCCCUGACACACCUCUGGGUCUUGCUUGCAUACACAUAAAUAUACUGUUCACACACAUACACAAGCCAUUACAAACAUACACAUUGGCACUUUUUUCAUCUUGCUCCUGAGUAAAAUGUUUUUCUGCCCCCCCUCCGCCCCUCAUUUAUUUCUCCACCAGCAGCAGGGCCCGUUGAGUCACUGUACUGUAAGACCACAACUUCACAAUGCCAGUGAAGAGAGUAGCCACAGCUCACUUUUCCACACUGCUACAGAGGAUGUAAAGCACUGAAGGGCUGCUAGUGUGCCAGCAGAAAUGCAUUGAUCGAAAAAAACUUAUUUUGUAUUGUUGAAUAUUCUGUAUUAAUCUUUUCUAUGGAAACCUAAUGGCUUGUGGGACUGUAUUUUAAUAAAUGACCUGCUGUAGUGAUUUCCAAACAGAGAAUUCCCGUCAUAUUAUCUACUUGCAAAUUCUCAAUCAUCUGUACUAAGGGCCAUGCAGCUAUUUUGAUUUAAAAUCCCUUAUUCAUGUUAAAAUGUUCCCCGCAGUUACCUCCACAAUCAAAUAACGUGAGUAGAGAGAGAGAGGCAAAUGGGCGUAUUAGAGGUUGAUGCUAGGUGAGGUCACUUUAAAGAUCAAUUUGUGGAAAUGUCACAAACCAAAGAGGGUACCCAUGACUACUAAAGUUCCUCAAUGCCUGAUCAGUUUUUGUAUGCACAUUUAUGAACAGUAUAUCAAUGUACUUUGAAUGUUUUAUUUUUUCAUUCAGUGAAUCUACGCUCUGAAUGUGUUGACAUUGUUUCCUCAGCAUACAUUUCAAUUAACAUCCCACACUGUGUCUCACACAUCAGAGGAGGCAUAUGCUGUGGAGGCCUGAUAUAUGCCAGAAUGUCUUUGUUGACAUUGAGUAAACAAUGCUCAAAAUGUAUUCAUGGGAUGAUAUAGCAUGGUCUAAUAUCUUGUUAUACUGUAUGUGUGUUUUAUUUCCCGAGAUCAUGAUGGGGAUAAUUAGCUGGUGUUUUUAUCAAAAGCCUGAAUCUCUGCAAUGUCAAUAUGAAAUUUCAAUCACGUUGACUAAUUUUACUUUUUUUUUUUUUUUCUUCCUUGGUGUUGGUCUGUAGUUUUUCCCCAGUAUUUUUGGUUACGUUUUCACUGUACUGCUACAUGUGGCGGUCCAAGCUUUCUCUUGGGACACAGCCAGCCUAGAGGCGUGCUUUUGGAAAAGACCGGGGUUAAAAAAAAAACAAUUUGACAGCCUUUUCUCUUGAUUUCAACGACUGUGGCUCAGAAGUUUGAUGUUGUAGAAAGGGUUCGACAGACAUUUUAACCUUGGUCCAUGUUGGUCACAUGAUUGGUGGUGUUACUCGCUAGCCUGCCUUCUUGCUAGAGCUCUUGUAUUCUCUCCGCUUGUGGCUGUCCUUUCCUAUUCCUUCAGACAAUGUGCAUUCUUACAGAGCAAAAUGAAUGCAUUUUCACUUGUAUGUGUACAAAGCUAUAUACAAAAAAAAAAAAUACAGGAUAACUAUUUUGCAGUCUUAAUAUACAAAUUUUUGAUUUAUGUAAAUGACAAGGGAGAAGAGUCAUUUUAUUAUAAUAUAAAAAAAAAUGUGUUGGAUAUGGUUAUAAUGUAUAAAAAGAAUAAAAUAAAACUUAUUUGUGAAUGUACCGCACACCAUUAUUCA